UUUCCAGUCUCUCCAGUAAGAUCACCGUGUUCCUCCUCACAACAUGGAUACCUCUCUGCUCAACUACGGCCUGCAGUACCAGUGGUGCUCUGAUUCGGACCUCUCUAGCAUCUCUUCUUCAGAAGCCCUCUCCCCUGUCUCUAUGGACUCCAGUCUCUCUCCUUCCUACCAGCAGCUGCCACAGUCCACUCCUAAGGCAGCCAAGACUGGAUAUUCUCAGACCCUCAAAUCCUCUUCCUGCUCCCUGUCUGGUCGUGGCCGGAAGACGGGCCGAGCCACCAGGAUCCGCAGCAAGCAGAGGGAGAGCGCCAGCGAGAAGGAAAAGCUGAGGAUGAGAGAUUUGACCAAGGCUCUGCAUCAUCUCAGGUCCUACCUCCCACCCUCGGUGGCCCCCGCUGGACAGACUCUGACAAAGAUAGAGACCCUCCGCCUCACCAUCCGCUACAUCUCCUACCUGUCGGCCCAGCUAGGCCUCAGCGAGGAGGUGCUGUUUCAGAGAAGGGAACAAGGAGACACCUCAGCCAGUGACACCUCCUCUCCUGACAUCCUCAGCUACUUCCAGCACAGCUCCAUGGGAGGGCAGGAGGCCCAGCUGCAGAACCAGACCCUGAACCAGGGUCUGUACUCAACCCAGUGUUACAGCCAGAACACCAUGCUGCAUUCUGGGAGCUGUAGUUUUGGAGCAGAUCAGUACAUUGAAGUUCCUCAGAGGGACAUGAGCAUGGAUACCAUCCUGCAGUCACCUCCAGCAACACAGCCCUCCUGUCAGAUGUGUGGCAAAGACUUCUGCAUGCCAUUGGUUCCCAGAGAGUAUUGGGGUUAAACACUCCAAGCGCCAAACCAUCACCAUCCAACAACAGACACAAACUACUUCUCUGUUUUUACUGCCUCACUGUGAAACAAGUAAUUUAUUUGAAAUAUAUA